AGAGGAGACAAACACCCACCAAGUGAGACCAAGAUCCUUAUAUUAAUACUGGGGUAUAAACGAGUAAUAGACAGGAAAAAUAUUACAAUUACCGAUCUUAAACUCAGAACUUAAUUGAGUUAAGUUUUAACUUUAUAGUGGUUAAUAAAAAAUAGAAAAGUAUAAAUCAGGGGGUAUACAAUAUGGUUGCCUCAUUGGUAAAUUUACCAGAUGAUAUACUAUAUAAUAUUUAUGAAUAUCUUGAAAUAUCAGAUUUGAAAAAUUUGGCGUCAACCAAUAGUGUAUUCAAAUUGGGUGUAUACGAUCGGCUAUAUAGAUAUAGUAAAUAUGUGAUUACAUUUGAUGAUGCGACUGAUGAUACAAGAGAAAGUAGUGCUAACGGACAAGAACAAAGAGAUCUUGAAGAUCUUGAAGAUGAUGAGGAUGAUGAAGAAUAUAUUUUGUCUGAUGAUGAUGAUGAUGAUGAGUUGGAUGUAGAGGAUGACGAUGACGAUGAUAAUAAUGACUUUGACGAUGCAGACGAAGAGGAUCCUUCUGAUUUAGAAAUGUAUUUUGAUGACUUUGAUGUUUACUUUGAUGGAUACUUUGCUGACGUACUUUGGAAUGAACUUGAAGAUGAUGAAGAUGCCGAUUAUGAGUAUGAAUCUGAUUUUGAAUAUGAUCAACAAUUUCAGUUUGAUAAUGUUCUUAAUGAAGAUGAAGAUGGUGAUGAAUCUGAAGAAGAUAUUGAUAAUGGUCAAGAUGAAAUAGUAAUAAUCAGGAAUUCUGCUCGUUGGUUCCCCCCAUCGAAUUAUUGUUGUGGAAGGAAAGUAACUACUAAAAAUCCACCAGAGGGGUUACCUAUUGAAUUUGUCAGUAAUGAUGAACGAUUAAUUGCACAUAUUAAACAGUUCAAAUAUUUUAAUAUCAAUAUGUCGAUUAAUAGUUUUAAUGAAAUUAUUGAUCGCCUUAAUAAAUACGAAGACUUAUUGAAAAAGUUGUUUUCCAAUGAUGAAGGAAACAAGACUAAGAAAGAGAUUAAGAUAUUUAUCAAGCUCAACUAUACAUUUCAACUGUUUAAUGACGUGAAGGAUUGCUUAACCAAUGUUAAUAGAUUGAUCUAUUACUUUGAUCCACUGAAGCAAGAGGAAGGUGGUGAUAAUGUAUUAGCCGCUUCUUCUUCUGUAGUCAAGAGCAAAGCCGAAGCCGAUACCCGAAAAGAAACAGAAACCAAGACUGGAACUGGAGCAGUACAGUCUCUUCAUAAUCAUAAUCAUAGACUUAAAGAUUUGGAAGAUAACUACUAUCCGAAGGAAAUGGUCAACAAGAUACAGAUUGAUUUAGCUAUUAAUCACUAUAAUUCUUCAGCUUAUAAAUGGUAGUAAAUAAUAUAAAAAUAGUAAUAGUAAUAGUAAGUAUAAAAUAAUGAAAAUAAAAAUCAUAUAAUUAAUACAUUAC